AUGCAUCCCUCUCCGCGGAGACCGGCCGCUGCCACCUCCAACCCUGCCAUGCUCCUGCUGCUCCUGUGCCUGGGCUGGGCUCCGCCGGGCUGGGGCUGGCCGCGGGGCAGCUCCCGGGGGGCUGCCGGGCUGCCCCCCAACGCCACCACGCCGAUCUCCAUCAUGGGCUUGAUGCCCCUCAGCCAGUCCGAGGAGGACCAGAAGAGCAAGAUCGGCCGGGGGGUGCUGCCCGCCGUGCAGCUGGCCAUGGAUCAGAUCCGCAACGAGUCCCUGCUCAACCCCUAUUUCUUGGACCUGCGCCUCUACGACACGGAGUGUGACAAUGCAAAAGGACUCAAAGCCUUCUAUGAUGCAAUAAAAUAUGGACCUAAUCAUCUGAUGGUUUUUGGUGGCGUAUGUGCAACAGUUACAUCUAUCAUUGCUGAAUCUCUAAAGGGAUGGAAUUUGGUUCAGCUUUCAUUUGCAGCAACAACCCCAGAGUUGGCUGAUAAGAAAAAAUAUCCUUAUUUCUUCCGGACAGUGCCAUCUGAUAAUGCAGUAAAUCCAGCAAUUUUGAAGUUACUCAAGUAUUAUCAGUGGAAGAGAGUAGGAACUUUGACCCAGGACGUACAAAGGUUCUCUGAGGUGAGGAAUGAUCUGACUGGUGUCCUGUAUGGUGAAGAUAUCGAAAUUUCAGACACUGAGAGUUUCUCCAAUGAUCCGUGCACAAGUGUAAAGAAGCUUAAGGGUAAUGACGUUCGGAUAAUCCUUGGCCAGUUUGAUGAGGAAAUGGCUGUGAAAGUUUUCUGCUGUGCUUAUGACGAAGAAAUGUAUGGCAGCAAAUAUCAGUGGAUUAUUCCAGGGUGGUAUGAAAACCUUUGGUGGGAAUCCUGGAUUAAUUCCUCACAGUGUCUCAGCAAAAAUCUUCUUGCAGCCAUGGAAGGUUAUAUUGGAGUGGAUUUUGAGCCUCUCAGUUCAAAAAUGAUAAAGACCAUAUCAGGAAGGACUCCACAGCAAUAUGAAAGGGAAUACAAUGCUAAACGAGGUGAUGGGCAAUCCAGCAAAUUUCAUGGUUAUGCCUAUGACGGAAUAUGGGUGAUUGCCAAGACUCUGCAGCGGGCAAUGAAGUAUCUCAAUGCCACUAACAAGCACCAAAAAAUUGAAGAUUUUAACUAUACAAAUCACAAACUUGGCAAAAUUUUUCUGGAUGCUAUGAAUGAAACCAACUUCUUUGGAGUAACGGGUCAAGUUGUUUUCAGAAAUGGAGAGAGGAUGGGAACCAUCAAGUUUACGCAGUUCCAAGAAAGAAAGGAAGUGAAGGUGGGAGAGUAUAAUGCUGUAGCUGACACACUGGAAAUAAUCAACAACAGCAUCAGGUUCCAAGGACUUGAGCCUCCAAAGGACAAAACAAUUAUACAAGAGGAGCUACGCAAGAUCUCUCUGCCUCUCUACAGCAUCCUUUCAGCCCUCACCAUCUUAGGAAUGAUAAUGGCCAGUGCUUUCCUCUUUUUUAAUAUCAAAAACAGAAAUCAGAAACUAAUAAAGAUGUCCAGUCCCUACAUGAACAACCUUAUUAUCCUUGGAGGGAUGCUUUCUUAUGCAUCUAUUUUUCUUUUUGGUCUUGAUGGAUCCUUUGUCUCCGAAAAGACAUUUGAGACACUUUGCACAGUCCGAACAUGGAUUCUUACAGUGGGAUAUACAACUGCAUUUGGAGCAAUGUUUGCAAAAACGUGGAGAGUUCACGCAAUUUUCAAAAACGUAAAAAUGAAGAAAAAGAUCAUUAAAGACCAGAAGCUACUGGUGAUAGUUGGAGGGAUGCUACUGAUUGAUCUUUGCAUCCUGAUUUGCUGGCAGGUUGUGGAUCCUUUGAGAAGGACAGUGGAAAAGUAUAACAUGGAGCCGGACCCUGCGGGCAGAGACAUCUCCAUCCGACCGAUCCUGGAGCACUGUGAGAACACACACAUGACAAUUUGGCUUGGGAUUGUCUAUGCAUAUAAAGGGCUGCUGAUGUUAUUCGGCUGUUUCUUAGCCUGGGAGACACGAAAUGUCAGCAUUCCUGCUUUGAACGAUAGCAAAUACAUCGGAAUGAGUGUAUACAAUGUGGGCAUAAUGUGCAUAAUUGGUGCUGCUGUUUCAUUCCUUACUCGGGACCAACCCAACGUGCAGUUCUGUAUCGUUGCUUUAGUCAUAAUAUUCUGCAGCACCAUUACUCUCUGCCUUGUGUUUGUACCUAAGCUCAUCACACUGAGAACAAAUCCAGAUGCAGCCACACAGAACAGAAGAUUUCAGUUCACUCAAACAAAGAAAGAAGACUCAAAAACAUCAACAUCAGUCACCAGCGUCAAUCAGGCCAGCACAUCUCGGCUAGAAGGAUUGCAGUCAGAGAACCACCGCUUGAGAAUGAAAAUUACAGAGCUGGACAAAGACCUAGAAGAGGUCACAAUGCAGCUUCAGGACACUCCUGAGAAAACAACAUACAUUAAGCAGAACCACUAUCAGGAUCUUAAUGACAUUCUCAGUAUACGGAACUUCACAGACAGCAAAGAUGGCGAGAAAGCAAUUUUGAAAAAUCAUCUUGAUCAAAAUCCACCAGCACAGUGGGGCACAUCAGACCCUUCCAGAACGAGCAAAGAUCCUAUAGAAGACAUCAACUCUCCAGAACACAUACAGCGUCGGCUGUCUUUGCAGCUGCCCAUCCUUCAUCAUGCCUACUUGCCGUCCAUAGGAGGAGUCGACGCUAGCUGUGCCAGUCCCUGCGUAAGCCCCAGCGCCAGCCCCCGGCACAGACACGUGCCGCCAUCCUUUCGAGUGAUGGUUUCUGGGCUGUAGGAAAGGGAGAUCAGUGCUUCCUGAACUGCUUUUAAGUACUCGAUGACUGGACUAAACAUCU